AUAUCUAUCGUCUUUGAUUCUUUAGGUCUUUUACAUUCACACCUAUUUCAAUGUUAAUUAGGUCGGUCGGUGGUUUCCAGUCCACCCAUUAUAUUCUUUUGGACGACUACCACAAAUUUCACAAAAAUUUACAGUCGUUAUUUCAAUAAUAAUUGAGUACUCAUCGUUUUUGUAACGGUAUCAUCAUUUUUCAUUUGAUGUCACAUUUAUAUAGACUCAAGAUUUAAAACUAAACAGUUAUAUGUAGUCGUUAUGCAGAAAUGUAUAAUUUGUUAAGGAUUUAUAAAUUCAAAGAACGUCCGAAAUGGCUAAGGAUGACCCGAGUGGGAUUUAUGAUUCAUAUAAAGAGGACAAAGUAAUUGAAAUAAAAAUUGUAUAUUUCAUCUACUUGUUCUCUUCUUCUAUAGUUUUUAUACAUAAACAAAUACUUAGUCUCCACCACUUACACAGAUCAUUGCUUCCAACACAAAGGUUUCUUCUUCCAUAGCAACUGAAUCGGCAUCUUAAUCCCCAAACAGGUAUGCUUGAAAUGUUUGUUUCUUACCAGAACAAAACCCGCCUUUCUUUGUGAAUAGAUUCUAUGUGUUUUCUUGUGGUUACUAAUCUUGAUUUAGGGUCAAGAAAGCAAAAAGAUUCAACUUUUAAACACAGGAUUCUUUGUCUGUCGGAGACUAGUAAGAUAAUAAGGAUUUUUUUGUGUUUUCUUGUGGAACAAUUUUUAGGGCUUAUUAGGGUUCUUGAUUUCAUCCAAUGGGUUCUUACUCGGCUGGCUUCCCUGAAUCUUUGGACUGGUUUGAUUUUCCCGGUUUAGGAAAUGGAUUAUAUCUAAAUGAUCAACCUUUGUUAGAUACUGGAUGUGUUCCUCCUCUUCCUCCAGAGCCGCCAUCAUAUUCUCAACAGAAUCUUGCUUCUGCGGACGCUGAUUUCUCUGAUUCGGUUCUGAAAUACAUAAGCCAAGUGCUUAUGGAAGAAGACAUGGAAGACAAGCCUUGUAUGUUUCAUGAUGCUUUGUCUCUUCAAGCAGCUGAGAAAUCUCUCUAUGAAGCUCUAGGCGAAAAGUACCCGGGAGAUGAUGAUUCUUCUCAGCCUCUGAUUACUACUACUAGACCUGCUCCAUUGACACCGAUUCCGAAUAACUUUGUUUUCCAGUCCACUUCUAAAAGAUCUAGUCCAAUUCCACAGUCUGUUGUUUUCGGGUCAGGUCUUAGUAAUGAUUUGGUUUCUAAUAUGUUUAACGAUAAGGACAUGGCGUUACAGUUCAAGAAAGGAAUGGAGGAAGCUAGUAAGUUCCUUCCUAAAAGUUCUCAGUUGGUUAUAGAUAUUAAAAAUUACACGCCGGCUUUGGGAUCCAAGGAGAAGAACAACUCUGUUCCUUACAAAAUGACCGGGAAGAAAAGCCAAUUGCGUGAAGAUGAACAUUCUGAUGAAGAAAGAAGUAAGAAGCAAGCAGCUGUUUAUGUUGAUGAAGCUGAGCUGACUGAGAUGUUUGACAAGGUUCUGAUAUUUGGCGAGCCUAAGGAACCACCAGUAUGCAUUCUUCAGGAGAGUUUCCAGAAGGAACCAGCGGUUAGUAAGAGUCAUAAAGGCGAGAAACCGGCGGCUAAUGAUAAAGAAACACCUGAUCUAAGAACCAUGUUGGUUUCUUGUGCUCAAGCUGUCUCGAUUAAUGAUCGAAGAACUGCUGACGAUCUGUUAACUCGGAUUAGGCAAUACUCUUCAUCUUACGGCGAUGGGACAGAGAGAUUGGCUCAUUAUUUCGCUAACAGUCUUGAAGCACGGUUGGCUGGGAUAGGUACACAGGUUUAUACCGCCUUGUCUUCCAAGAAAACAUCUGCUUCGGACAUGUUGAAAGCUUACCAGACAUACAUAUCGGUCUGCCCGUUCAAGAAAAUCGCAACCAUAUUCGCUAACCACAGUAUCAUGCGGUUGGCUUCUACUGCAAAUGCCAAAACCAUCCACAUCAUUGAUUUUGGGAUAUCUUAUGGUUUUCAGUGGCCUUCUCUGAUUCAUCGACUUGCUUGGAGACGUGGUUCAUCCUGUAAGCUUCGUAUAACCGGUAUAGAGCUGCCUCAACGUGGGUUUAGACCAGCCGAGGGAGUUAUUGAGACGGGCCGUCGGUUGGCUAAGUAUUGUCAGAAGUUUAAUAUUCCGUUUGAGUACAAUGCGAUUGCGCAGAAAUGGGAUACAAUCAAGUUGGAGGACUUGAAGCUAAAAGAAGGCGAGUUUGUAGCUGUUAACUCGUUGUUUCGGUUUAGGAACCUUCUAGAUGAGACGGUGGCAGUGCACAGCCCGAGAGAUGUGGUUCUGAAGCUAAUAAGGAAGAUUAAACCAGACGUGUUCAUGCCCGCGAUCCUAAGUGGAUCCUACAACGCGCCUUUCUUUGUCACGAGGUUUAGAGAAGUUCUGUUUCAUUACUCAUCUCUGUUUGACAUGUGUGACACGACCCUGACACGAGAUGAUCCAAUGAGGGUAAUGUUUGAGAAAGAGUUCUACGGGAGGGAGAUCAUGAACGUGGUGGCUUGCGAGGGGACAGAGAGAGUGGAGAGGCCAGAGAGUUAUAAGCAGUGGCAGGCGAGAGCGAUGAGAGCCGGGUUUAGACAGAUUCCGCUGGACAAGGACCUGGUUCAGAAACUGAAGUUGCUGGUGGAAAAUGGAUACAAAACUAAAGAGUUUGAUGUUGAUCAAGAUUGUAGCUGGUUGCUUCAGGGCUGGAAAGGUAGGAUAGUGUAUGCUUCAUCUAUUUGGGUUCCUUUGUAGACAGUUUGUUACUUUGUUCUUCUUACAACCCAAGCUACUGAUUCUAUUAUAGGGUUUUGUGCUGAUAUCUUUAUCUCACACAUGACAUCUAGAUUUGUAUAUUGGUAAAGGUUUAGGGUUAUUGCCUUCUUGAGGGGGGUUCUCUGCUUUCGGUAACAGUAUCUUAUUAGACACAAGUGAGAGAUAGUUCUCCACGCAUGAUCCCAUGAUGUAAAAAAACUAUUGUACUUGUAACAUUUUAAUGUAUAUAGAUAGGGUUGGAUAA